GUUUCUUUCUUUUUUUUGGAAACGAGUCAAAUGACCCAUUAGGUAUGUAAACUUCCUUUGAUUCUCCUUUUGAGAUUUCUUCAUUCGCAUAGACAUAGCUAUUGUAGCAUUAUAUAUUCUUAUUUUCCAGCUACUACUAUAGCAUAUAUAGUCUACCACUCGCUACGAAAUUUCUUUCAUUCGUCGUUUGUAGAACUUCUCUUGCUUCAUUUGUCAAGUCAUCCGCUAAUAUUCUUCCAUAUUCUAAUCUCCCUUCUCUAGUGUACUCUUUCUCUCAUGUCCGUCGGUGACCCGCUGCUAUCAGGGUUUCCAUCUUUUCCGGAUUGAUCGGAUUUAUCCCAGUUCCUAUAGUGGUCCGAGGUUCACCAUAUUCGGGUUGAUGUUUUUAUGUCUUCUUUUCUGAUUUGCUUAAUUUGCUUAUAUCAGUCCAUAAUUCUGAUAUCGAUGCUCGUAUACGUAAUUUGAUGAUAAUUUGAUGUUGCUACUCAAAAGGAAACAGUAAUUCGAUUUCUGGGUGGUGGGAGAUAUAUACUGGUUGCGUCAGGAUUCUUAAUCUUGAAAGGGUAACAUUUUGAUGACAAUUUACUGGUGAAGGGAAGAGUUUGAGGAUAUGACACAUCGUAGUUUGAUUUCUCUACCAACAUCAGCACUCAGUCCAGCUGUGCCUGUAACAAAAACUGAUAACUCUUUUUCAUGUUCCAAUGAUUCUGUUGUGGAAAUGCCCUCAAAUGACAGGACUCUCAGAGAAGAAUCAAGCACUGAAAAUCAUGAGCCAUGUAAUGAGAAUGGGUAUAUUGAUUCUAAGAUUUGGUUUCCUCCUGAACCAGAAGACCAAGAGGGUGAUAUUAAGGGUAAUGUUGCCAAUUAUGAUGAUGGCAUCAUGCUUGGAGACGAACGCAGUGGGAACUUGAAGGAAAAGAUACGGGAUAUGAUGGUGUUUAUGAAAUCGGGUGUUAAGAAACAUGUGGAGCAUCUUCUUAUAUCUAAGGGAAUUUCUUGUGCAGGAAAUGAUGGUGAUACAUGGGUAGAUACAAUUUGGGCUUUAUCAUUGGAAGCUGUCGUAUCUCUAAAGCUAGAUACUUUAUAUGGAAAGGCAGUGAAUCCCGAUAUAUAUGUGAAGGUUAUAUGUGUUGCAACGGGUUCUAGAAACCAAAGUAAAGUUUUCAAAGGCCUAGUCUUCAAAACGCAGGCAGCUGACAGUCACAUGCCAAUUACAAAACCCCAGUUGCUAUUGGUUUGGGAUGUUUCUUCAGAUGGAUUAUCAUCACUUGAGUCACAUGCGUCUCCUAGUGGUAAGGAGGAAGAUGUUAUGGAAAUGAUAGAGAAUUUCCAUCCAGACGUGGUCCUAGUUGAGAAAAUUCUUUCCCAGGAUAUUCAAAAAUCUAUCCAUGCAAAAGGGUUGCCACUAGUCAUGGAAAUGAAACGACACCACCUGGAGAAAGUUGCUAUUUGUACCAGCUCACCAAUGUCCUCUGAUCAACCGAAUGACCACAAGCUGAUGGAGUGUGAAACAUUUUAUUUAGAAAAGAUUGAAGAAGAACAUGCUGCUCUUUUUGAUAAUGGAAAAAGGCCUAUGAAGACUAUAAUGUUUCUCGGGGGGAAUCCUGCACGAAUGGGAUUGACAAUUUUGCUCAAGGGAUCUCACAGGGAUGAACUAAAAAAGAUUAAACGGGUUGUAAGGCAUGCGGUUAUCAUUGUAUACCAUGUGAUCCGUAAGGGUUUAUUCUUUCAAAGGGCAGCUGCGAUUGACCCAACAGAAAAGACAAUAUUAUCAAACUGCAAUGAAGACCUUAUGACACAUAAGGGUGACAUUACUGCAGUGUUAGGUUCACGACGGAUAUCAUUAUUCAUAUCUAGGCACAAUGCAACAAGUCGGACUGCAUGUCUACCGGACAUCAACUUCUACCAAAAUUUUGAUAUGCCCUUUGGAAAGUUUUUGGUGGAUGAUCUAUUCAAUCAGAAGCUUUUUUGUGGAACAUGUAAGGAACUGGCAGAAGCUCAUAUUUCCUACUAUGCUCAUCAAGACAGGAAGGUUACAGUUGAAGUCAAACGUCUUCCUUCCCAUAAGCACUUGCCUGGUGAAAAUGAAGGAAAGCUAUGGAUGUGGAAUUUUUGUGGACAAUGUAAACCCUCCGCUCGAAGCUUAAAUCCUACCAAAAGAGUAUUGUUCCCCAUUGAUGCUCGUGGCGUAUCCUUUGGGAGCAUCUUAGAACUUGCCUUCUUGAACCACCCUAAAUGGGAAAUACGAUUUAGCUGUGGACAUUACUUUUAUGGGGACUAUCUUCACUUCUACGGAUUAGGCUCGAUGGUUGUGAUGCUUACAUACUCAACUGUGCCUACUUUCUCUGUAUAUCUGCCGCCUAGGAAGGUCAAAUUUAGCGAUGUAAAUGGAGGCGAUUUUCUUAAAGAAGAGGUUGAGAAGGUGUUGCAACAAGGACGUUCAAUGUUUGUUGACAUUGAGAAGUCUCUGAAGGAGAUGGAAAACAAGUUUGUUGGGUCAACGUUGAACAUUGAAGGAUCAUGUAAACGAUUCUCUGACAUCAAAGAGACCUUGAAGCAAGAACAAGAUCAAUUUGAAGUUGACAUGAGAGAUGUUUCUAUGAAUAAAUGGUCAUACAAGGCGCUCUCCUUGAAUCAUAUACGGUGGAAGCUUAUGCUGCUUUCCUACAUCUGGAAUGAGCGUGUCUGUUCCCUUCAUUCAUCUGAUCUAAAACUGGUUGACACUCAAACAAGUGAUGGUAAAUUUUCUUUGGUGCAUUCACUAAAAUCAGCAGAUCCUAAGGGGUGGAUGUGGAGGCCUUUCUCAGAAAUCCAAAGUAUUUCUUUGGAGGAUCUCCAAAGGGGACACAAAAGGAAUACCCAAGAGGGAUUAAACCUUCAUUUUCUAUUGGGUACUGACAAUCAUAUGGUAUCAGAUUAUGAGGAUGAGUUGUCUAGUAUCAUUGCUUGUGCUUUAGCUUUGGCUUAUCAAGAAGACCAGAACAACUCAUUGGAUGUGAAAUCAUAUCAGACUUUACAUCCGUUUUCCUCUCUGAGUUCCCCGAAUUGGUUUUCCUUCAGUUACUUCAUGGAUUCUCUAGGUUCUUUAUUUUGUUAUCCUUCUGAUGAAUCAUUUCAUUCUAUUUCUGAUGGGUUAGAUAUGCCUGAUUCUUCAACUUAUCUUCACCCGGUCAUCUGUAUGGGAAGAUUAGCUAACACACCCAAAUACACAGUAGCUUCUCUGUUUCCCAAAGAGUUUCUUGAUCUUCGUAAGCAUUGUGGGUUAUCCGAGGUAUCUUAUAUUUCUUCACUAAGCCGUUGUAAGCCCUGGGAUGCCAAAGGAGGAAAGAGUGAAUGUUUCUUUGCUAAAACUCUUGAUGAUCGCUUCAUUAUAAAGCAAAUUCACAAGACCGAGUUUUGCACAUUUCAUAAAACUGCUUUUGCCUAUUUUGCGUACAUUAAAAAAGGACACACGACAUGCCUUGCAAAAAUUCUUGGGGUUUAUCAGGUAACAAACAAAAAGAGUGGAACAAAAUAUGAUCUAAUGGUGAUGGAGAACAUUACUUAUUGCCGAAAAUUUACUAGACUGUAUGAUCUGAAAGGAGCUCUGUUUAAACGUUCCAAUCCUGCUACUGAUGUCGUGGGGAACGUAUAUUUGGACCAAAAUUUUGUAGAUGACAUGAAGCUUUCUCCUAUAUACGUUGAAAUUAGAUCAGUACGAAAAUUGCUAGCAGCUAUACUGAACGAUACUUCCUUCCUCCACUGGAUCGGUGUGAUGGAUUAUUCCUUGUUGCUUGGAGUGGACACUGAAAAAAAAGAGCUUCUAUGCGGUAUAAUUGAUUAUCUUAGACCAUAUGAUCCAGAGAGGAUAGUGGAGAACUGGUGGAAGUCCAACUUUAAGGUGCCUAAGAACCAUUUGCCGACUGUAAUCCCUCCAAAAGAGUACAUGAACAGAUUCGUAGACUUCAUCAAAAACUUUCUCGGUGUCCUAAUCUCCGAAAGAGUACAAGAGAUUCAGAAAGUUCAUCCGAUGGCCCAGAUUACUUUGUAG